AUGCGCAAACGGACAAUUACCUCGAGCGCAAGCGCUCUACUAUUUCUCAUCGCUUCUCUUGUCAGCGCGAAACACAACGGGGUCCAUGAACACCUCGAAGCCCUUCACAAACGGCAUCGCGCAACUCGCGAGCUAGCCGCCAGGUCAACAGCUGAGGAUGGAGAACAAGGGGUGGAAGUAAGAUCAAUUCCGGAAAGUGCAACAUCUGCGAUCAGUUUGGAGAAGCGACAGGCGCAAUGUGCUUUUCCCACGGACGCUGGUUUGGUCCCAGUUACUCCAGGGAAUAAGAAUGGCGGAUGGGCUAUGAGCCCGGACCAGCCCUGCACGCCAGGAAACUACUGCCCUUACGCUUGUCCUGCUGGUCAGGUGUCGGUGCAAUGGGAUCCUAGCGCGACAUCUUACUCAUAUCCCAAGUCAAUGAAUGGUGGCUUGUACUGCGAUCAGAAUGGCAACAUACAGAAACCAUUUCCCAACAAACCCUACUGUCAGGCCACCAGUUCCAACAUCGGCGUCCAGAACAAUGCAGGUGGCGUCGUAGCAUUCUGCCAGACUGUGCUUCCUGGAAAUGAAGCUAUGCUGAUUCCCACCUCCGUCACCGACUAUGCAACUCUCGCCGUCCCCGAUCCCAGCUACUGGUGUGAAACUGCAGCGCACUAUUAUAUCAACCCUCCUGGUAUCAGCACAGAUCAAGCUUGCGUUUGGGGUACCAAUAAUGAUCCCUGGGGCAAUUGGUCUCCGUACGUCGCCGGAGCCAACGCGGAUUCCUCAGGGAACACAUUCAUCAAGCUCGGGUGGAAUCCCAUCUACCUUGAACCAACUACACCUUUCCGCAACCAAAUGCCAGAUUGGGGUGUCAAAAUCGAUUGUCCCAAUGGCGGAUGCACAGGUCUACCAUGCGAAAUCGAUCCGACUCAAAACAAGGUCAAUGGAAUGGUUGGUUCCUCAAGCACGGGAGCAGGAGGUGGUGCCUUUUGCGUGGUAACAGUUGCGAAGGGCUCUACCGCUAACUUUGUGGUCUUCAAUGCUGGAGGUGAUACCAGUGGCAGUAACAGCCAUGGAGGCUCGGGCUGGUCAGCUACUCCUUCGGGUGGCAACAAUGCCGGACAAUUCUUCCAAACCACCAGCUCCUGGCAAUCACCCACAGAUUCUCAAUCGUCCUCAUCUAGCGAAGCAUCGACCUCUUCAAUCGCAUCUUCUACAGGCUCCUGGACUUACCAAUCGGUUGUAACGACAAGCUCUGCUCCUACGGCAUCGGCUUCGACCGGACAUAGCACAACCAUCGGCGGCUCUUAUGGACUGCCCACUCACUCUCCGUAUUACUCGUUAUUCAACCACACCACUUACGCGGCUCCCACAGAAGGAACUACUGGAGCAGCCAUCGAAACCACCGUUGAAGCUACGGCAAUCCCUUCAGGUCCAGCCUCGUCAACUGUCGCUCCCAUCUUGCCUGCCACUGGUGGCUCCCCGACGAUCAAACUCUCUCUUGCUAGCCUCUUCUCAGCCUUGGCAGUAUACGCAGCCGCCAUAGUAUGA